AUGCCAGAUCUGAUAUCACGUCAGCAACCGUUUACCAAAAUCUCUCCCAAAGAUGCCAACUCUAUCCGAUUUGUCUCUUUCAACGUUAAUGGCAUCAAGACAGUGUUCAACUAUCAUCCAUGGAACAAGAUCAAUAACGACUUAAACACCAUGUUUGAUCUCCUACAAGCAGACCUCAUCACCUUGCAAGAAUUGAAAUUGACAGAACAGUCUUUAGGUUCCUUGAAAGACAUUGGCCAUUUGAAAAACUAUCGAUCGUUCAUUAGUCUUCCAGCAAAGAAGAAAGGAUAUAGUGGUGUUGGAUUAUUUGUACGCGUUCCGCAAUCUCCAACAGAACGGAAAUAUCUCAGUGUUGUAAAAGCUGAAGAAGGCUUGAGUGGGUGGUUGGCUGACAAAAAUGGGAAAGCAUACAGGUUGCAAGAUGAGAGUAUUGGCGGAUACACAACCAUUGAUGAAACUCAGGGGUUGCACAUCGAUAGUGAAGGACGAUGUGUUGUUGUUGAAUUGGUCAACAACUGUGUUGUUUUCGCAUUGUAUUGUCCGGCAAAUUCACUGGCGACAGAAGAAGGAGAAGUGUAUAGACUACAGUUCCUACAGCAGUUGUUGCAACGAUGCCAUAACUUGAAAUUCAAAUGUGGGAAGGAUGUUAUAAUUAUGGGUGAUAUUAACGUGUGCCUUGAUUUGAUUGAUAGUGCCGAAGGUAUCAAUGACCGACUAGAGACCAAACAAAUCACUGAUAUUACCGAUGGAUGUGCUUUUGAACUUGCAAAUUACGACGAAUGCUGCAAAUUCAAGAAAUCACGCCCUGCUCGCGAGUUAUUGAAUGACUAUGUCAUACGUUCAUUGGUACAGCACAACACAGAGGCACCAGCUCCUACUGCCACUUCAUUUGCUAACCACUUUCUUUAUGACACAACAAGGUAUGUUCAAGGUCGAAGGCGGAAAUUGUACACUGUUUGGAACACGUUGACAAGCUCAAGGCAAAUCAAUUACGGUUCACGGAUAGAUUUGAUCUUGUGUAGUUCGAUAAAGAUGCUACAGCACGUGGCGAAUGCCGGUAUUUGGCCAUUUAUUCUCGGCAGUGACCAUUGUCCCGUGUUCACCGAUUUCAGUCUAUGGAAUGAGGACAGUCCAUCUACUGUGGCAACGGACUCAACUUUCAUUGGAAAUCCCCCUAGACUCUCAUUUGAAGCAAAGAAUCACUUUAAAUUGAACAGGACAAGGGAUAUAUCCACAUUGUUUGGUAAUGGAAAAAAGAGGCCAGUUCAAUUGGACAGUGGAGCUACUUCUGCAUCAAGUGUUGAUCCAGUCACAUCAUCACUGGAUAAACUGGCAACUCCAGAAUCACAGUCCAGUAAGGUUGCAGCAGCAGCAGCGGAAACCGCAGAAACCACAGAAACAUCCACUACUGCGAAGAAACCAAAGUUGGUAUACACGAGUAGAAAAGUGGCUAAUAGAACCACCAAACUGAAAGCAAUAAACGAUUACUUUACUUAG